AUGCGGAUACCAUACUCCCCACUCAGAAAUGCCCCUUUCAGAGCAGCCUCUGUGCCGAGGAUGACUCGUCGAGCAAUCUCAAGCACCCUCCCACCCCCCGCUUCCGAGCCACUAUCAAUCCCCCUCGACAAAGCCGCCCGCGCCAUCCCCUCCCUCUCCUCCACUCUCACCUUCACCGCCCACCCCAGGCCUAUACGGCAUACCACCCCCUCCUCCGAAAAAACCUCCCUCUCCAAACUCCUCGCUUUGUGUUCUUCGAAAGACGCCUCUCAAGGGAGUUUCAAGAAGGCGGAUGAAGCUUGGGUGCUUUAUAAUGAGCUGAGUAUCGUGUAUCGCCGGUCUUUGCCGAAUGAGCAACUGCACCUCAUUGCGCGCAAUGUGCUUCCUCGAGAGAGCGUUAUCAAAACAUUUGCCAAAGCGCCUGAUACUAGGGAAGGGGGUGUCCUGAGGGCGUAUAGGAGGAGGAUGGAGAAAGUUGCGAUAAGCUUGGAACAGCGCGUCCGGGUACUGGCGUCCGACAUUCUCAUCCGCCGUCAAUCCCCCGGUGCCGCCCCCGACCCCCGCUUAUACAAGUUCCUAACAUCCAACCUCUCCAAGCUCGCCUUCAUCGGCGAGAAAUCCGGCUGUCGCGCGAUUUUGCAAGAACUCAAACUCCGCGCCCUCUCGCCUUCUCCUCUCCCGCCGAAAUACUGGAAUAUGGCGUACAACCUGGCGUUGCAGAGUAUCAACAAGUGGCUCGCUAUCCACUGCUACCGCCUCUCUGCGCAGGGGGAGAUCCAAGAAGCGAUUGGGAAUUUGAAGACGUUGAUUGAGGAGAUGAAGGAGAGAGGGGUAGAGUCGGAUGAGGCGACGGGGUUGAUCUUGCUCAAUUCUGCUCGGUACAUUGUGGAAGCAAGGAAAGACGAAACUAUCGUCGACGGGUUCGAGACCCUCUCCGCCCUUGUCCUCGAGGGCGGUUUCGGCAUCCGCAAAACCCCUCUCGGCUGGGUCGGUCUCCGCCAAAACUUGCCUGUCCAAGUCAAACUCGCCAUCAUCGAGCACGUCGGCCGUUCGGGCGAGAUCUGGGAUCUAGUCGGUGUUUAUGAAGCUUUGUACCCGAGUAGGGAGAGGGAAGUGGUGAGGAAAGCGGAAGAGGCGAGGGUGUUGGUGGACGUCGAGGAGGAGGAGGAAGGACCGACUUUGAGUCAGAUGGUGGCGAAGGAGAAGGAAGAGCAAUCCCACCGCGACUGGCUCGGUCGCCCCCUCGAAGAACCCUUCCCAUCCCCCUCCUCCUCCCCGUCGUCAUCCCAGAUCCCCAUCCGCCGUCCAUUCGACGCCUACCUCCCACCAAUACCCACCCCCUCCUCAAUCGUCCCCACCUCCACCAACCUCUCAAUCUCCUCCCUAUCCCCCAUCGCCCAGCCGAUACAGUCCGAUAUACCCUAUAGCUACAUCUUCAAAACGAUGCUGCACUACCCAUGGGUCCAUCGUGAAGCCCCCGGCGCGAGGGACGUAGCGCUCUUGAUGCUCCGCGUCGCUCUGCGCGAAGCGCACGUCCAACAAGCUCUCUGGCUCAGCUCCCUCUCCGAAUCCGAUACUCCCUCUUCCUUUUCGGCACCCCCGGCGUUAAGAGCCGACUUUAGGUGGUUCCAAGCCGCGUGGAAGGUUGGGAGAGAUACGGUGAAUGGCAAGAAUGAUAGGAUCGGCUUUUGGGGGGUGUUGAAUGGGAUGAUUGAUGAGGCUGAGAGUAGGCUGAAGGAGGAGCUUGAGAUUAUGCGUACUGUCGUCGAGAGGGCGGCGGAGAAGGAGAACGGGAGCGAAAGCGAGGGCGAGUCGACGCUGGCUUCUGCCGAGACGACCGCCUACCUCGGGGAGAUCGACCAAACGCUCCAAGAGCUCACGGCAGUUCGCGGAGAGAUCUUGCACCAUACCGGGGUCGUGGUUCAGAAGAGGAACAGGGCGCACUUGGCGAGGAGGGAGAGGACAAGGACGUUGGAGGAGCAGAGGAUUAAGGAGGAGGCGAGGUGGCCGCUGGAGGGAGGGCAGCAGGAGGACAGUGGGAGAAUAUCGAAAGUGGUUUUUAGUGCGGAGAGUGGGGGAGGGGUAGCGGGAUUGGCGUAG